GUACUGUGUUGACAGCUUCAACGUUCCCAACCUUGUCCAGUUUCUUCGUGAAUACUACAUCGCCUGUCUCUUGCAAUGUCAUCACAACAACAACAAUCUUCGUUUCAACCUCCUCGCCGUACCGGCACCGAGAAUCUUCUCCCGCAAGGCCAAGAACGCUCCGAACAAGUCGAGACCAUGCAGUCUUACGAAGCGGCUGCCCCGCAAAGCGAAGACGACGUGAAUCAAGCCAUCUUGCAGCGCGAGUUCCCCAAUAUUGAUGGGAGUUUAAUCGCCGCGAUAUACGGAGAUUCGAAGAGCCUCAGCGCUACACGAGAAAUGCUUCAAGAACUUUCGAGCAACGAACCGAACCCCGCAAAUUGAUUGACACCACCGUCCGUCAUGAGACCUGUUCGGUCAGGGAACGAAUUUUCGGAGAGAGUACAGUCGGUACUGGCGAGGUUGUGGAUAACGAAUGAGCGCAUGGUUCAGCUUCUGUCACGAUCAAGCGGGAUUAUUCUAUGCAUAUAGAGCUCAU